UCCUUAUGUAUCUUCACCACCACUGUGUAAGUCGUCGUUUCUUUUUCCUGCAAGCAAAGUCAUCCCUUUCUCCUCUACAGACUACAGCAAAAACCAUCACUCACGAUCAUGGGUGGAAGUGUGGGUGGAAGUGAGGUUUAUGAUGAUUGGGAGUCGGAUGAUGGAAGAACUUUGGUUUUAGUUGGAAGGACGGGGAAUGGUAAAAGUGCUACUGGUAACAGUAUUCUUGGAAGGAGAGCAUUCAAGUCGCAGACUAACUCGGCUGGUGUAACCAGUACUUGUGAGUUCCAGAGAACUGUAUUGGACGAUGGGCAGAUUAUCAAUGUCAUUGACACUCCUGGGUUGUUUGAUUUUUCUGGUGAAUCUGAGUUUAUUGGGAAAGAAAUUGUUAAAUGCAUCAACAUGGCCAAAGAUGGUAUACAUGCUGUUCUUGUAGUUUUCUCGGUUAGAACCCGAUUUUCAAGAGAAGAAGAAGCUGCUGUCCAGAGUUUGUGCGACUUUUUUGGAAGCAAAUUGGCUGAUUACAUGAUUGUUGUUUUCACGGGUGGGGAUGAUCUCGAAGAUAAUGAAGAAACUUUGGAUGGUUAUUUAGGUCGUAACUGUCCUGAGCCUUUGAAGGAAAUUCUUAAGAAGUGUGGAAAUAGGAAAGUUCUUUUUGAUAAUAAGACGAGAGAUGAAUCGAAGAAAUCUAAACAAAUGAGAGAACUACUUAGCCUCGUAAACAUGGUGCUAGAACGGAACUGUGGGGUACCAUACACUGAUGAGAUAUUCUCGGACUUGAGGGAUGGAGCAGUUAGACUUCGCAAUCAAGCCGCAGAAGUUGAGUCCUCCAACGGAUACACCAAACAAGAGAUAUCUUCAUUGAAGGAUCAAAUGCAAAAAUCGUAUGGAGAGCAACUUAAGCGCAUCACUGAAAUGGUGGAGUCUAAGCUGAAGGAGACGACCCAUAGGCUCGAGGAGCAAUUGGCAAAAGAGCACAACGCCCGCUUGCAGGCUGAGGCGAAUGCGAGAGAAGCCCAAGAAAGAUCCAACGAUGAGAUUCGUAAGCUGAGGGAGAAUCUCGAGAGAGCGCAAAGGGAGACUGAGGAGCUCCGCAGGCAAGCUGCAAAUGGCGGGUGCCAUAUUCUUUGACAAACUUCUUGAUGUUCAUAUCAUAUCUGUUAAAACAAUUUAGUUUGGAAACAAUUUAGUUUAGAAAGCUUGACUGCAUUGAUCAUCCUACUUGGUGCCACUUUAAUAAUUUAAUGCAUUCUCUAUUUAUUUGCU